AUGAACCAUGAACUAGAGAUCCCUAGACCACCUACCUUCCUAGUGCAAACAAUGGACGCAGAGGAAUUAGCAGUCUUUACUGAUCUAUUCCACGCCAUGGAAUAUCCGUUGUAUACACGCUUGGCUCCUGGUCAAAAAUUUGGGAAAGAUAUGCCACGAGAGGUGAUGCUACGCUUCAUCAAAGCAGGAGAGGAAGCAGCACCGAACCAAAAACAAGAGGUACAGGAGUUUACGCGAACAAUGUCCAGAAUUACGCUGGACGUGGACAAAAGAAUAAUCACUGUCACCUUCAAAGGGAAACAGGCGGCAUCAAAAUGGAUUGGAUGGAACAUGCCGUUCGGAUCCAAAUUACUGCCUCUAACCGAUUACAAAGGUCAGCGUGAGCGAGCCAAGAAGACACAUGAAGCAAUCGCAAUGGACUUCUACGAGUUCACGAUGGCGGUCCGACGUGGGGCGGUUUCCUCUAGAGACAUGCACUGGAUCCUAACCCAAGGGCUUGGGCUGGAUGUACAGGAGCUGAAGCAUCCGGACGACAGCACAGGAGGCACCAACGACAAGGAAUGGGUGGUCACGGUCAAGAGGCCAAGUUGUCCGGAGAACAUCCGCAACAUAUCCUUAGUAUCAAUCGGAGCAGUAGAGUUGACUGUGCAUCAUCACUGGAUUAACGUCAACUGGCCGUGUCGCACGUGUUUUUCACCGGACCACCCAACAAAAUACUGCAAGGGAGGGGUGAUAUGUGACACUUCUUGCAUUCGGCUCAAUGGAAAGGUGCCUACACGACAACCUAUGGGAACUGUAGCACUAGGCGAAGGGGAUAUGCCCACCACCAUCGCCCAGCUUCUGGCCCUAUUACAGAAAAACAAAAUCGAAGUUAAAACCGACGACGCGCCAGUGUUUAGCCCCAAACACACCGGCAGAGUCAAAUUGCAGACCAAGAGACGGAUAGCAACAACGGACAAACCGUCUUUGCCUGGUGAAUGGGAGGAGCACAGGCAACCCCCGAACCAGGCUUCGAUGCAGUCGAAGCAGCAUAAUACCAACGAAGGGCGUGACGACGGAGACGAGAAGCAGAACGAGGAUGUCAACGCAUCAUACACCAGCAAAGAAGAUGACGAUACAACAACACCGGCACGAGAUGGAAGGAAGAUGGAAGCAGGAAUCAAGUAUCCAGAACAAGCCAGCGUACAAACCCAUGAGCAAACAGAGGACAUACUCAUGAAAGAAGACAUGUUUGAAUUCCAAGCGGCAGAGCAGGCGGAAUCAAGCAACACGGACGAGGAAGGCAGUGCCCCGUUAGGACACGAACAACAGGCCGAACGUGGCCGAUCUCCAACAAAACGAAUUAUAACACGAGGAAAGCCUGGACGGAAUGUUGAGCCACAAAAAGCCGCAUCAACGUCGCCCAAGAGAAGAGCGCCGGAAGCCUGGGAAAAUGACCCCAUGCCGCUAAAAGGGGGAAGGAAGACGGCUUCAACACGAGCAGAUAAGCAACCAAGGAAAGCUCGCUCAUCGUCGCCGACCAAACACAAACGAAGAUCCCAUCGGAGGGCAGACUUAGCGGCCACGCAGCGAUAUAUGCACCAGUUUCUCUCAACAACGAGCGGACAACAAAUCGACAAAUUUGGUAAGCCAGACCUCGGCGAAAGUGGGGGGCACACUCAGAACUCCGAAACAACAGUUCAGGAGCAACAUGACAGUAUUAUGGAAGACACGUCUUGUGGUGGCGGGGAGUGCGAAUUCGUUCGAGUCAAACCGCCAGUAGACUUCGGCGAAUCUCUGGACACAUGGUUGGGGAUAUUAGGAGGAACACUAAUUGAUGUGGCUGCCAACGGACAUUGUGGCUGGCUGGCUUGCUACGCUUCACUCUAUAAUGUCCAGGCGGGACUUCUCCAACCAUCGCCAGAGGUAAUUGCAGCAGCCAACCUGCUUAAGAAAGACAUACUCAAUGGAAUGCUGGCAACUCUGAAAGAUGAAAUGACGCUACACCCAGAAGAGCUCAACGUAGAACUGGAGGCUAGCGGUAUCCGAUCUUUAGGAAAUGCUGAACAGAGCAGGCGUUAUUGCGCAUUGCGAAUCAUUACGCAGCGCAACGGAACAAAUCGGUGA